AUGCUUCUCCCACGGCGACCGGUCAUCCUCUUCGGCGUCUGCUUCUUCCUCAUCAUCCUCCUCACAGUCCGAAGCCUCUCACGACCAUGGCAUGAAGUGCCCCAAGUCAUCGGUCUAGGAGACUUGAUCCCCUCCUCCUCCAACACAACCGCACUUUGGAACACGACGCGUGGCCACACAAAUGACGACCUUUUUGCCCCGCCGCCGCGUUUCUUCCCCGGCACCCCCAAGCCGCCGGGUCACAAAUACUCCAAAGUGCUAGUCGUUACGAGGACGAAGGAGGAAGAUACCGAUUGGAUCGCCGAGGAGCUGCCAGACUGGGAGCGCGCCAUCUAUGUUGCAGAUGACCCCUCUGCGCCGCUCCACCCACCCAAAAACAAGGGCCACGAGGUUAUGAUCUACCUCACUUACAUUAUCGAUCACUAUGAUAAACUCCCAGACGUGGCAGUUUUCAUGCACUCGCAUCAAUUUGCCUGGCACAACGAUGUUCUCUUCGGUGGAGACGCGGCGCAGCUGCUCCGUAGCUUGAACCUAAACCGCGUCAUCCGUGAAGGCUAUAUGAAUACCCGCUGUGGGUUCGGCCCAGGCUGUCCGGCCUGGAUGCACCCUGGUGCGGUCGAGGAAGACGAAACCAAGCAGGAGGAAAUCAUGCUCGCCCGUGCGUGGGGCGAGCUGUUCCCGGACCAGCAGAUCCCGUCUGUCCUGUCGCAGCCGUGCUGCGCGCAAUUCGCCCUGUCCCGUGAACGUAUCCGCUCCAUUCCGCGGGCUCGGUUUGUUUACUACCGCGACUGGCUAUUGUCAACAGAACUAAGUGAUUAUAUCACUGGUCGCAUCUGGGAGUAUCUAUGGCAGUAUAUCUUCACCGGAGAAGCUGUUCUCUGUCCAAAUGAGAAUGUAUGCCUGUGUGAUGGGUAUGGAUUCUGCUUUGGUGGCCCCGAUGAGUGGCAAGCUUAUCGCGACGCCGAAGCUCAGAGGGAUAAGCUCCAGCACGAAUUUGAUGAUUGGUUGUGGGUGUCUGAUGAAAUGGCACUCGCGUUCGGUGCUGAGCCUGAUGAGACCAGCAAUCCGGAGCACACUAUGACAGAAACGGGCGAUUACCUUAUCAAUCGCCUCCAGGAUAAGGAACGGGAGGCGUUUUCUAUGCUUUCGAGCGCUCUCGAGCGUGGUCGGAAUCCUAAGUACCGAGCCCUGGAGGCCGGCCGUCCUUGGAAAGAAGGUGAUGGGUUUUAA